GUCUCGCGGGGCUUCCACUCCAUUAUUGUCACAGUCGUUUCAAGUCAAAACCCCUCACUUCCUUUUUCUUUUGUAGUGCAUAAUAAUACUCUCCGAUUUUCUUGUUGAUCAAAGAAUUAAGAAGAAAAUAAGGGCAAAGAGAAAUGGGUGAGAAGGGGUUGCAAACGCCGGCGAAGAAACUGUUUUUAUGGGUUCGAAAGCAGUCGAAAAAGGUCAAGACUGUUUUAGGUUUCGUUACAAGUCUCACUUUGCUUGUUACUCUAAAGUUACUCAUCCGUGAUCACAAUCACUUCUUCAUUUUGGCUGAGUUUGUUCAUUUAAUCGGACUCUUAUGUUUGAUUUACAAGUUGUCGACUCUCAAAACUUGCUCAGGCCUCUCAUUGAAGACUCAAGUGCUUACGGCGAUAUUUCUAGCUGUAAGAGUAUUUUGUAGUUUCAUCAUGGAAGGAGAUAUACACACCAUUCUAGAUUUUGUUACACUUGUGGCAACAUUGUGGGUAAUAUAUAUGAUGAAGUUCAAGUUGAAGUCAUCCUAUAUGGCAGAUCUCGAUACCAUGCACUAUUGGUAUUUGAUUGUGCCUUGCGCCGUUGCAGCAUUUUUUAUCCAUCCUGCUACAGCUCAUUUUAUCUUCUUCCGAAUGCUUUGGGCUUUUUGUGUAUACCUGGAAUCUAUCUCGGUGUUUCCUCAGCUUCGGUUGAUGCAGAAUGUUCAGAUAAUUGAGCCAUUUACAGCUCAUUAUGUGUUUGCAUUGGGUGUUGCAAGAUUCUUGGGUUGUGCUCAUUGGAUUAUUCAGGUCUAUGACAGUCGUGGAGCAUAUUUAUAUUUGGCUGGAAGGGGUUACUUCUGGAUACCUAUGGUGUUUUUGGCAGAAAUCGUCCAAACGUUUAUCUUGGCCGAUUUCUGCUAUUAUUACAUAAAGAGUGUCAUGAGCGGUCAACUUUUAGUCCGCCUGCCUCAGCCGGUAUAGAAGUUCGAAUUACCUAGAAUCUGUAACAUAUGCUGACAACUGUUAUGUUAUGGUGUGGAUAUGGAGCUUCUUCUACCUCUUAUCUUGUCCCACUCUUGCCAAUGCAACUGGAUAAAUAAAUAAAUAAAUCUGCUAGAUGCAUGGCCAUGUCUUGGUUCUUGAUGUCUCUGAGCACCUAUAUUUCUGGAGUCAUUUUGUACUAUGCUAAAUUCGCAUAAUCGUGCAGUGGACAGACAUCCUUCCUUGGUGGGUCGUUAUUCAAUCAGUUAAAAGAAAAAGGGAUAGGCUUUGGCCUUGUUUUGAGUCGCUACACUAAGUACAAUUUCUAAAAGAAUCCUUAAGCAGUACAUAUUGAGAAAGAAGUACAUAAGUCUGAGACAAUAGUUGAAAUUGAAGGAUAAUCACUUGUAAAGCUGAAGAAAAUCUUUAGGCAAACUUUAGAGGGAUGAUAUCAAAAUCCUGUUCUUCUAAGAUAUUCCGAGUGAGUUGGUUGAGUCUGUAUUUGUGCAAGCACUAGUUCCCCUUUAAAAUGAA